AUGCGGACGAUUCCGUUAGCAAACGUUUUUGCAUACUACAAGAGUACCGGCAACGUGAAGGACGGAUCGGCCUUCUUCCUAAGCUACUGUGCUCCAACCAGCGAGCACAUGGAAUGGCGCAAAAUCGUGAUCGCCCGCAAGAAGCCGCGACCCUUCUACGUACAGCCGGUGACUUUUGAAAAUGCCGACAAGACCAUUACGCUGAAAAACUAUCCAGGCAGCAAUGAGGGCAUAAUCCAGUCCUUUGUCGACCGCUACUCCAGUCAGCGCAAAUUUGGUCCAGCUGCGCUGAAGGCCCUCAAAUCUGUUUGGGAUCGCGACCAGGCCUACUUCCCACCACCGGCUGCAAAGUAG